CCUUUGAGUUUCCCUCCAAAUGAAACAGUCAAAACAAUGGAGGCGGAGGAGCCAUGGGAAGCUUUAGAUCUAGACGAUUCUGACCUCCCUUCUCUCCUCCGCGCUUGCAAACGACGCCGUUCCCCCUCCCCUACCACCACUGCUACACCUGCUGCUGCAAAUCCUCUUCCUCAAUCGCCUGCCUCGCAACCCUCUCAAAACCACCCCGAACAACUACAACACCAACCACCGCCUUCCACUUCGCGCCCCCGCUCUAUUCCUGGCCCCGCCGGAGCAGUUCAAGCGGCCAUUCUUCGUAAAAAUCUUGACUCCGAGAGUCUGAAUUUCUCCUGCCGUCGAGAUGGUAAUUGCGAGGACCUUAACGGUAGCAAUCAUAGUGAUGGAGUAAUUUCUACACAAGAUUAUAUAAGGAGGGCAAUGGAAGACACUGCCGAAUUUGAUGAUGACUUCACUGGACAUCCUUGGCUUUCUGCGCUCCAAUUCCUCGGUGCUGAAGCUGGUGUGAUCCGAAGUACACCUAUCAGCUCUAUCAAGAAAUGCCUGAAUGCUGGGAAGGUUGUUCAGGUUGUGGCUGUUAUUAAGUCAUGCACACCAAAUGGUCUUGGGGGUCUGAUGGUGUUAUUAAAGGACCCUACAGGUACAGUUGGUGCUACCAUUCAUCACAAGGUCCUCUCUGAAAGUGAAUUUGGAAAGAACAUCUCUAUUGGGUCCGUUUUAAUACUUCAUAAGGUUGCUGUUUUUGCUCCUGUAAGGUCAGCACACUAUCUCAAUAUAACGCUGAGGAAUAUGGUGAAGGUAUUCAGCCAAGACAGUUGCUCAACUUCAAAACUUCAAGGCUGUGCAUAUCCUGUCCAAUAUGCUGAUCCUGAAUAUUGUGGAAAAGCGAAAGCAAUGGAGAUGACCACUAUGCAAAGUGUCACAGUGGAAGCCAUUGAGAAGAGACAAUGCACGAGAGAGGCUGAGAAUUUGCAAAGUUUUAGUGUCAUCCAGAGGCAGAAUCUUUUCACUGUAAGUGUUCGAUCAAAAAAUAGUGCCACCAUCAGUGAAAGUGCAGCCUGGAGAGAGCCUAAAAGUUUAAGCCAAGAUGCCUGUAAAGAAGUACCUGAACAAAUGACCAGAACUAGGAUUACUGCUGACCACCUAGAGUUUGUGAAUGGCAAUGAUAAAAGUAAAAGAAACGGCAAUGACACUAACGAUAUGACCAAUUCAGUUGGGAAAAGUAGUUGUGAAGAGAUUCAAGGAGCUGAUGUAGUCCAGAUGCAAAGGCAGCCUCAGAUAUCGAAAACCUCUCUGCCACAGUGGACAGAUGAACAGUUGGAUGAACUUUUUGCUGGUGAUGAAGAUGGUGGCUCUUUGUUCUGGUAAAAUUUCCUCUGGCAGCAUUUUACAAAGAUUUCAGGAAUUAACUGAACAGAUACUGGAAAAGAAUGUAUAUUCCCCACCCCACCAUCCUCACCAAGAAAGAAAGGAAAAAGAAAGAAAAAAGAGCAAACCCUUACGGGACACGUUUUGUUUUUAGUGAGUAAGAGAUAACAGAACUUGACAGCUUAUAAGGAAAGAAGAAUUUUUGGUUCCAAGUAUCAUCUUUUUACAACUUGUUCUUUUAAUUUAUAUCCAC